CUCAAAGCUGAAAGCCUCUCCACCUUCGCUUCCCCAAAAAUGGCGGACGAGGAAACCCUAGUAUCCCUCCGAUCCCCGUUCCCAAAACCCUAGCUCCCCUCGUAGAUGGAGAGGCGCCUCCUGGGUCCCUCUUCCCGCCCCGAUCCCCUCACUAGACCCUCGCUCUCGAUCGUGGUUCCUCUGUGAGAAUUCGUAUGGCGAGGUAGCGUUGCUUCGUCUACAAUGGCGUCGGCGGAGAACGGGAUGAGCUCUCGCGUGCUGUUCCAAGGCGACGCCUCCUUUCCCUUCUCCCGCGGCGGCGGCGACCAGGCUGCGGGUCGGAAACCUAGCGCGACCGCCGCCGCGGCCCCCAGCUUCGCUCUGAGCGGCGACAAACUGUUCUCCGGCCAUCGCGACGCGCGGUUCUUCCGGUUGGACGACGAGGACGAGGAGGACGACGACGAUGAUGUGGACGAGGAGGAGGAAGAUGAAGACGUGGACGAAGGGGAUGGCCUCGUCUCUGUCGACGAGGUCAAUCACAAGGCUGGCAACAACAGCAGCGGUAGUGUGCAGAGUAGCUCGGAGAAGAUCCAUGGAGAGAGGGAGAAUUCGCAGGAGCACCAUUUCUCUUUCGGAUUCAGUAGAGGAACUAUGGGAAAGGAUGUUAACGACGGGAGGCGAAAUUUGAACGAAGAACACUACCAACGGGGCCCGAUGGAUGGUUAUGAGAAUGCUAUAACUGUUGUGGAACCCGAACCAUACUAUUCUCAUGUUUUAAAUCAGGAAAAUGGGUCACCUGCUCCCUCGCAGAAGGAGGUGGCAGAGGAGAAUGGAUGUGGGUUGAGUGUAAGAAGAGAAGGAUUGGUUGCAGCUGGUUAUUGGGAAUCUUUGAGGACUCACCUCUCUGAUCCGUUAACAGGUACUCUUAUGGAUGAUGCAAUGAUACUGCCAUGUGGACAUUCUUUUGGAAGUAGCGGAAUGCAACAUGUGUAUAGAAUGAAAGCUUGCUGCAAAUGUGCUCAGUCUAUUUCAGAAGACUCAGUCCGGCCAAACUUUGCUCUUCGCUCUGCAGUUCAGGCAUUUCUUCGAGAAGAAGAGUCGCAUUCACUGAAAGCAUCGAAGAGGAAAAGAGAUCGUCUUGAACUGGAAAAAUGUGGUUACGAUGAUCCUUCUCACGUGGAUUUUUCUCGGGGUAAAGGAGUUCAGUUUCCAUUUGCUGUCUCUGACCGUGUUAUAAUCAAGGGAAACAAGAGGACCCCGCAUCGUUUUGUGGGACGUAUGGCAAUUGUAACAACACAAUGCUUAAAUGGAUGGUAUGUCGUGAAGACAUUGGACAAUGCAGAGAGUGUUAAGUUGCAGUAUCGAUCUCUGGCAAAGGUUUCAGACGAUCAGGCCUCCAGCAUCAUCCCAAAUAAAACCCAUAACCCGAACUGGUUGUAAGACCAUCUUCUUGUGCACCGAAAGCAAAAGUCGGAUCUAUGUUACUGAGAGAACACAUUCACUUUUUGAACUAUAUUUAUGAGUUAAUUUUUGAGAUACUUAGCAAAGUCGUCUUCUGCUGGAGGAUCAAAGGCCACCCGAAGCCUGGAAAUCCACUACUUUAGUGUAUCGGAACGAUCUCACAAGCUCUUGUAUAAAGUUCAUCCCACUGAUCAAAAGAAAAGAAUGUACAAUAGGGUGUUUAUAGCCUAUUGGCCUGAUUCAGCAAACUUUUUGUAACAUACUAUAUUGAAGUGCUAACAGGCUAGACCAAUUUUUAUUAUUAUUGUCUUUGGAACAUCUUUGUCGACUGCUUUAUACCUCUUGAUGUACGGUUACCGAAAUAUGCUUUUAAGCAGCUAUUUAAGGAAAAUGAAAUGGGCGCUGUGGAGAAUUAUUGAA